CAGGGCUUCAUUUCUGUCCUCAUUUCACACUGCUCUACUGUUAAGAACUAGAUCUUCACAAAAAGUCGCGAAACCCCAUAUAUAUUCUGGUCUCAUAUCUUCUUCGAUCAUCAAUAUUGGAUUAGCAGUAUGAUUACCAAGAAACCCACUUUAAAACUCAUCUAUUUGGCUGUCACCAUCCUCCUCGUACUAAGUUUCAACGAUGUUGUAAAGGCCUCCGAGGUUGCCCCAGAUGCCGAGGACACCGAAGAUUUAGAGGGCAUUGAAGAAUUACUAGCAGUGGACGAGGAAGUAGAGAAGGAAGCAGAAGGGGGUAAUGGAGUGAAGUCGUCGGAAGCAGACGUUUUAACCAAGGCUCAAAGAAUCGUUAUUGAGCUCAACAAUGACAACACCAAGAGGGUUAUUGAUGGAUUUGAGUUCGUCCUGGUUCUGGGCUAUGCGCCUUGGUGUCCUAGGAGUGCUGAGUUAAUGCCCCAGUUUGCAGAGGCUGCGACUUCACUGAAGGAAUCGGGAAGCCCUCUUCAAAUGGCGAAGCUUGAUGCUGAUAGGUAUCCCAAGUCUGCUUCGUUCCUUGGGAUCAAAGGUUUUCCCACUAUGCUUCUGUUUGUCAAUGGCAGCUCCCAACUGUACUCUGGUGGUUUCACAACGGAUGAUAUAGUGUUAUGGACGAGAAAGAAGACUGGCACACCUGUUAUUAGAAUAAGUUCUGUGGCAGAGGCGGAAGAAUUUCUGAAGAAGUAUCAUGCAUUUGUUAUUGGUCUGUUUGAUAAAUUUGAGGGACCUCACUAUGAAGAAUUUGUGAAAGCUGCGAAGUCUGAUAAUGAAACCCAGUUUGUUGAAGUGAAUAAGGCCGAGCUAGCCAAAGUACUUUUUCCAGAUCUCAAACAUUCUGAUCUUUUUCUUGGCAUUGUUAAAAGUGAGCCUGAAAGAUAUACCGCAUAUGAUGGAACCUUCAGCGUGGACAAAAUAUUGGAGUUUUUGGACUACAAUAAGUUUCCAUUAGUUACAAAACUGACAGAGAUGAAUUCUAUGAGAAUCUACUCGAGCCCAGUCAAGCUUCAGGUUUAUGUCUUCUCGGACAUUGAUGACUUCAAGAAUCUUCUUGAGCCUCUUCAAGAUGUUGCAAGGACUUUCAAGUCAAAGGUCAUGUUUAUACAUGUGGAUAUUAACAAUGAGAAUCUUGCUAAGCCCUUCCUAACGUUGCUUGGUCUAGAAGAAUCAAAACAAACAGUGAUUGCUGCAUUUGAAAAUGGAGGGACUUCAAAAUUUUUGUUGGAAUCAAAACCAACGAGAAGCAAUAUUGAAGAGUUCUGCAACAAACUUGUGGAUGGUUCUCUGUCACUCUACUUCAAAUCACAGCCAAUACCAGAUAACACAAACGCUAGCGUCCAUGCUGUUGUGGGGAAAACUUUUGAUGACAUAGUUCUGAGCAGUGACAAAAGUGUGCUUCUAGAGGUAUUUACCCCUUGGUGCAUCAAAUGUGAGACCACAACCAAACACGUAGAGAAGUUGGCUAAGCACUACAAAGGAUCAAGUAAUCUAAUUUUUGCAAGAAUAGAUGCUUCCGCUAAUGAACACCCAAAACUGCAGGUGAAUGAUUAUCCAACACUCUUACUUUACAAAGCGAGUGAUAAGACCAAGCCGAUUAAACUUUCUACAAAAUCUAGUUUGAAAGAAUUGGCUGCAUCCAUCAACAAGCAUUUAAAAGUCAAGGAUCAAACCGUCAAGGAUGAAUUAUAGAAGAUAGCAAAUAUUUUUGUACGAGGAAGUUUCCCUCAAAAAGGGGGAAGUAGUUGCAUGAAAAACUCAAGCAAAAGGAGGAAAUGAUGGAAAUUUACUUAGACAAUUUAAGGCUCUUGCUUAAGUCUUUUUUUUUUAAAAAAAAAUUUUUUUUUUCCCUUUUCACCCUGAGUUCUGUGUGAUUAGGUCCGAUGUAACAUUCAAUCUAUUGUAAGAAUUAGCUUAUUGCCAAAAUGCAGAAGCUAGACUGUUUCAAGAAUACAUAUAUUUAAGAA